AUGUCUAACCAAUGGCUUUCAGGCGCUUCGAGGAAAACGGGGAAGAUCAACAAUGAGAUGGUGUCUACGGACAAGGGCGCUGCUGUUGACAACAAUCACGCAAACAUCAACGAAGAUGGUGAUGAUGAUGGAGAAGAUGACUCUGGUAUGUUUUCCUUCAAUUAUGAUGAGGAGGUCGUAAUGUGUAUUGACUUACACUCAGGGAAAGUUGGAUGCUCUAUUUUGGAUUACCAUACCAAGACAUUGAAAGCGUUUAACCAAGACCACGCCAUUAACAAGUCUACAAUAACGUCACAUGACCUUAUCGAUGAAGCUGAUAAGUCUGCACACGACAUCAAUUUAAUGGUUGGACUUUUAAUAAUGGAAAUGAAUCCCACUGUGUGUCUAGUUCCGGUAAGGCUGGAAGAUUGGAUAUUUAAUCACAUAAAGAAAAAAUGUGACGAGGUAAAAUGUAGAUUAGAAUUGCAACCAAUGAAAGAUUUCAAAAAAUUGGAUCUUUUGGAGUCAUUACACCUAAAUGGUCAUGACAAUCUAACUGUGUUAAACGACUUAUUGUCGAAUAGCAGGUUCACCACUGGAGUUACAGUAGGCACGGUUGCAUGCAUCCUUGCCAAUAAUGAACAGCAUGCAGAACUAGAUAGUUGCAAUGAUAGUACUGCUUCAAGCAAUAUGAUCACAGGACGACUCAGUAACAAUAGGUUUGAAAAUGUAGUACAUGACAUAAGGUACAUUGAUUUAAAGGAUCGAAUGGUACUGGAUGAAAAUACUAUAUCAGCAUUGAAUGUAUUACCUGCGGCACAUAAACUGGGUCAUGAUAACAUGAUGAAAAAUGGAUCUCUCAGUGUAUUCGAGCUCUUCAAUCGAGUUUCUUCGGAUUACGCCAAGAGAAUGUUGAAGUCCUGGCUUUUCAAUCCCUUAACCAAUAAGAAACAGAUAGAACAAAGGUACUGCAUCAUAAGAAUACUAUUAGACAGACAAAACAGCGUUCUUUUUGAUGAACUCACUCAAUCAAUAAAGAGAUGUCCUGAUGCCUUCGGUUUUAUAAAUCAGUUAAGCAGCGGUAAAUCUACAUUAGGGACUUGGUCCAAAGUUGUAAAUUUCUUAGAGAAGGGAAUUAACAUAUUUAAAUUGGUAAACUCUUUGAAAUUGAGCCCUGAUAACGGUAACCUUUUCCAUGAUAUCAAAAGGAAUGUUGAUAUAUCAGCAUUAAAACAGUGCUUAAGAAAAAUAAUGGCGGUGAUAGAUUUUGAUACAUCGAGAGAUACCAAAACUGUCACAAUAAAUACGGGAGUGGACGAAAGGCUAGAUGAAUGUAGAAACGUUUACGAUCAUUUGGAAGGAAUUUUACAGGAAGUUGCGAGAGAGGCACAGACUUUUUUACUCAGCGCUUUGUCUCAAACGGAUUGCAGGAUGACAAGAAAUUUAGAUGUGCUGAUUAAUGCUGUUUAUAUCCCUCAACUAGGAUAUUUGAUUACUGUCAGCGCCUUGCUUGAACCUUUUCUUGCUAAUAUUACGGACCUUGAGUGGGAAGAAAUAUUCAGAAGCCCAGAGGAUGUUUAUUUCAAAAAUGAUAAAGUUCUUGAAUUGGAUGAAACAUACGGUGAUAUUUACGGAGUAAUUUCAGAUUAUGAAAUUGAAGUUUUGUUCUCUCUACAAGAGCAAAUUUUGGAGAAGAAAGCUGAACUUACUUCUUACAGUGUACUGCUCAGUGAACUGGAAAUUCUACAAUCAUUUGCCCGGAUAUCUGUGGAAAGAGAUUACAUAGAGCCUCAGUUGAUGGAAAACAAUUGUGUCUUGGAUAUUAUUAACGGAAGACAUGCCUUGUACGAAACCUUCCUCGAUGAUUAUAUUCCAAACAGCACUAUGAUUGAUGGCGGUUCGUUCUCUGAUUUGAGUUGGUAUAAUCACGAUAAACAAAGAAUUGUUAUAAUAACUGGAGCUAACGCAUCAGGAAAAUCUGUAUAUCUUACUCAGAACGGUCUAAUUGUGUAUCUGGCACAAAUUGGUUGUUUCGUUCCGGCGGAAAGAGCAAAAAUUGGAAUAGUAGACAAAAUACUGACAAGAAUCAGGACUCAAGAGACCAUAUAUAAGACUCAAAGCUCCUUUCUACUAGAUUCCCAACAAAUGGCAAAAUCGCUGACUUUAGCCACUGAAAAAAGCCUCAUUUUGAUUGAUGAAUACGGUAAGGGGACAGAUAUUUUAGAUGGUCCCUCACUGUUUGGUUCCAUAAUGCUGAACAUGUCUAAAAGUGAAAGGUGCCCGCGUAUUCUUGCAUGUACACACUUCCAUGAGCUUUUCAAUGAGAACAUACUCACAGAACAUAUACCAGGUAUCAAACACUACUGUACGGAUAUACUUAUAAAUCAAAACCAUGUCUCAGGCGCGACACAAAUUAAAGAUGACCACGAAAAUGAGGGAAUCACAUUCUUAUUCAAGAUAAAGGAGGGAAUUUCAAGACAGUCAUUUGGUAUAUACUGUGCGAAAAUAUGUGGGUUGAACAAAAGUAUAGUCAAAAGAGCUGAAGAGCUUUCUAACUUGAUCAAUAUGGGCGAUGAUGUAGUGCAACAAUGCGGGAAGAUGACAAAAAAGGAGAUGUCGGUGUUCCAAAAAAAUCAGGAAAUAGUGAAGAAAUAUUUAACUUGGGACUUAGAUCUCGAAGCUUCAACAACCUCCGAGAAUCUGAGGAUCAAACUAAAAAAUAUCCUUCGUUGA